UCUGUUAGAGGAUCGAUUUUAGAGUAUAGAAUUGCCCCGUUCAAAACAAGGUACAUUUAUCUAUAAGACUAUAUGGCAUUCACUGUUAAGAGUUGGGUUGGCACUUGACAGGGUAUUUCAUAAUUGCACCGCGAACUGUGUCUGUGCAAGUGGAAAUCACCCCUAGUUACUGAAAUAAGAAGAACACCUUCUCCAGGUAUUAUAUAGCUCAGUGGUGAAGUUGUUGAAAUAACUGGGGUAUGCUGUAUAACCUUAUAUAAUCUAAGGAGUGUGUUCUUGGUUAUCCAGUGCGCUAUAUAAAUGGCCAUAUAUUCACUUAGAAGGUGGUCAUAUGCAUUUUCUCGAUGUAAAAUGGUUUUCAAGUUCUCAACAAGGAGUGCUAGCAUGACCUCAAAGAAUAGAGCACCUUUGCUUCUUACAGCAAUGCCUGUAAUUUCAUUUGGCCUGGGGACAUGGCAGGUGUAUCGAUUGCAGUGGAAGAAAUCGCUGAUUAAACAACUUGAGGAUAGAACUAUGAGAGAACCAUUGGAAAUAACAGAUAGCUUGGAAUUGCUCAAGGAUGAAAAAAUGCAGUACAGAAGAGUUAAAAUAAGAGGCACAUUUGACCAUUCCAAAGAGUUGCAUAUAUUUCCACGCUCGCAAAAUAAUGAUGGAAGAUCAGGAAUAAGGGGACCAAAUGCAACUGGUGCUCAAAUUGUUACUCCAUUUCGUUUGUCAUCAGGUGAAAUAAUCUUGGUAAAUAGAGGAUGGGUUGAAAAAUCCAAAAAGAAUCCUGUAACAAGACCAGAGGGUCAGGUUGUUGGUGAAGUAGAAUUAAUUGCUUUCAUUCGUCUAGGACAAAAGAGACCUCAGUUUGUUCCAAAGAAUGAUGUGGAGAAAAAUCACUGGCAUUAUUGUGAUUUGGAUCAAAUGGCGGAGGUUACUCAGUCGCUGCCCAUUCUAGUUGAUGCUGAUGCAGGAAGUACUUUUCCUGGAGGACCCAUUGGAGGACAAACAAGAGUUUAUCUGCGAAAUGAGCAUUUACAGUAUAUCUUUACAUGGUAUGGGCUUUCAUUUGCCACUGCUUUAAUGUUAUACAAAUUCCGAAAAUCAGGCAAAUGGAGAUGACGUAAUAUGUGAAAUGAACGACAUGUAAAAGUUCAACAUCUCUAGAAAAUAUAACAGGAAUUUAUGAAUAUAUAAAGUAUUGUAUAGUAGGCCAUACCACUCUUAACAGUGGUGGCAUUUUCAGUGAAUAAAGGUACAGAAGAACUAUCAGCGCCCAGCUAAAUUGCAUGUUUAAUAGGAGAGAAACGUAAUAUGUUUAAGAGUAGCCAUCUGCUAUUAAUUUAGUCAUCGCACUUCAGAUCCCUCCUCCUCAAAAGCGUAUAUAGAAAAAAAGAAGAAUGUUGAUAAAUGUGACUCGUCACGUCUUUCUAUAACCAACCUUAUUCAUUUUGAAAGACGACUAUAACAAGCUGAGGCACGCCUUAGAAAAUAAAAGGUCUCCCAGAAAUAGUUAUUUUACAAUAUAUUGAGUGGGGUUGAAAAUAGUGGGUGCAACUAUUCAGCUUUCAACAAAAUUGUUUGUUGGGCUGUACUAUAAAUAACCCAGUUAGAAAUCUUCAACUUCCUAAUUUUUGUUUUAUAAUUAUCGACUUAUUUUUGUUUGAUAAUUAUCGAGCAAAUCGUCAUAUAUUUAUUUGUAUUUGCUGUCUAUUUUGGAAAACAUAGUCAUAGCAUACAUUUAAAUAUUUCAAAGGCAUGUAUUCUAUUGCUAUGGUGACCUAAACAUACUUGUACGACUUAACAAUGACGUCACCGAACCCUCUAAGAGCAGCCGGAAAUUAGACAGUUCAUUAAGAAUUCCGUCUGGUAAGGAUACACCGGAUAACCGGUAUCGAGUAACAUCAAGCUUCAUAGCUUUAUCGUGAGGGGUGA